UCAGUCUCUGUCCUUGCCUGCAGCGCCACAGUUACAGUCCUCUUCAUGCUCGAUUCUUCAAUGUCAAUGCCCACUCCUCUCCUCUGUCGUCACCACGCUUCGCCAACUCGCUCAUCAGUGUGUUUUGGAUUGGAGAUUGGAGAUGGCGGAAGUGAUUCACUUAUGGUCUGCUCCAUGCUCCCUCGGUACCGCUCUCAUGUAUUCUUUCGCUCAGAGGGAUGACGUUGAAGUGCUUGAUGAGCCCCUCUAUGCUAAUUUCCUUCGACUCACUGCUGUUCAUAGACCCUACAGGGACCAACUACUCUCCAAAAUGGAGUCUGAUGGAAAUAAGGUCGUCAAGGACAUUAUUUAUGGUCCAGGAAGCAAGAAGUAUAGAUUAUGCAAGCAUAUGUCGAAACAGAGGCUACCGGGUUUGACGGAUGAUCUAAUGAAGAAAGGAAAGCACUUCAUUCUGACAAGAAAUCCUCUUGACGUAUUGUCAUCCUUUGACGAGGUUGUCCCUCCCUCUUUUUUUGAGUUGGGUUUGGCAGAGCUAGUUUGUAUCUACAAUGAACUUAGUGAGAUUGGAAAACCACCACCUGUUGUUGAUGUUGCAGAACUUCAACAAGAUCCUGAGGCUACUUUAAGGGCUCUUUGCAAUGAUUUGGAGAUUCCUUUUCAACCUGCAAUGCUCAAUUGGGAAGCAGGUCCUAAACCAAUAGAUGGCUUAUGGGCCCCUUGGUGGUAUAAAACUGCACACAAAUCUUCUGGUUUUGAGGCAGAAAGGAAGUAUCCUCAGCCAUUUCCCUUUUCUCUCUAUGACUUGUUGGAGCAAAGUCUACCCUUGUACAAUAUGCUUCAGCGCCAUGUGAAGAAGAAGCCAUCCCUUCUGGAACCUCCCUUACCUACACCCGAUCUUCCAGUUCCUGAAAAUGAGAAAUUGCUUGCCUGGGUUGGUGAUGAGAUUGUACCACGUGAGAGUGCAAAGGUUUCUGUGUUUGAUUCAGUUGUCCAAGGAGGUGACUCUGUUUGGGAGGGUCUUCGAGUGUAUAAUGGAAAGAUAUUUAAACUUGAGGAACAUUUAGACAGGAUGUAUGAUUCAGCAAAAGCUUUGGCUUUCGAAAAUGUUCCGACUCAAGAUAAGAUUAAGGAAGCCAUUUUCAAAACUCUGAUUAGGAAUGGAAUGUUUGACAAUUCUCACAUCCGACUUUCUCUAACACGAGGAAAGAAGGUUACUUCUGGGAUGAGCCCAGCAUUAAAUCUAUAUGGAUGCACGUUAAUUGUGCUUGCUGAAUGGAAGCCCCCUGUUUAUGAUAAUGAACGUGGUAUAGUUCUUGUAACUGCUACAACACGCCGUAAUUCACCAAAUAAUUUGGAUUCAAAGAUUCAUCACAAUAACCUCCUCAAUAACAUACUUGCAAAGAUUGAAGGUAAUAAUGCAAAAGCAGAUGAUGCAAUCAUGCUUGACAAAGAUGGUUAUUUAUCUGAAACCAAUGCAACAAACGUGUUCAUUGUUAAAAGGGGCCAUGUCUUGACACCGCAUGCUGAUUAUUGUCUUCCCGGCAUU